AUGGACCUAAGAGGACAACGCUUCACCGUCGACUUCUCAGACGACGAGGAUGAGCGAAGUUCGAACUCGAUACUACCCUCGGAUGCUAUUCCGUCAAUCUCCUCGGCGUUCAUUGGGGAUAUCAAGGAACGCACCACCACAGCCCCGGCCGCCCCGAAGUUGAAGACGACUCCGACUGGGUUCCCGGAGCACAAGAAGCGGACGAGGAUUUCUGCAUUCAAGCAGCAAAGAGGUGGAUCUGCGAGGCCUGCCACGACAGACACUCAUAAUGCUUUUGCUCUGCCUACUUCUCAGGCAACGCCAACUAACGCCUCCUCACUGACGCAGAAAGAUCCCAGAUUUGAGGAGAGCGAGCGCCGGAGGAUCGAUCAGGAAAACAAGCAGAGGCUGGAGUCGAUGUCAACUGAAGAAAUAGAGGAAGAAAGACGCGAGCUACUUGCUGCGUUGGAUCCGUCUUUGGUUGAGCGGCUUUUGAAGAGGGCGAAUCUGGAUGAAGGUCGAGGCGAUACUGGCAUCGAACCGCCGUCUACAAAAGUGGAGGAGGAUACGAAGGCCGAGGUUCCAAAGCAGGAAGUUGCAGGUGUUCCCGCUCCAACUCCAGUGGGGAAAGCAGUCCCCAUGAAAUCGGUGAAAUUCGAAGACGAUGCAGAGCCAACUGAACCCAUAGGCCUCCAACCAGUGCCAAAUAUCUCGGCGAUAUCAGUUGCAGAUAUUCCUCACCCAACCAUCCAUUUCCCAACCGCUCCAUCAGCUCCUGAACUGGACCCGUCCGACCCCUCCUUCCUUGAAAACCUCCACUCAAAAUAUUUCCCCAACCUGCCUGCAGACCCCUCAAAAUUGGCCUGGAUGGCACCAAUUCCAACUCAUGGCUCCGUCGCAGACCAAGAAUCACCAUAUUACCCUGCCCACGAAGCAUUACCAGCUUCAGCCUUACGCUUCGAUUUCCGUGGCGGGAUUCUGCCGCCACGAAUAUCGAGAGCUAUGCCAACUAUGAAAGGCCUCCACCAUCAUGGAGAAGCUCCGGAAGCUGCUGGCUACACUGUUCCAGAGUUGGCGAGGCUUUCACGCUCGGCGUUCCCGGCGCAGAGAUGCAUAUCUUUUCAGACUUUGGGAAGGCUGCUGUAUAGAUUAGGUAGAGGGGAGUGGGGUGAUGAAGAUGGUGAGGUAACGAAGGGGUUGUGGAGGUGUGUAGAGGAAGGGAAAAUUAUCCAGACUCUAGAAGAAGCUGCUAGUGCUGAAGGAGGGCAUCAAGGUACAAAAAUAUAUGCCGUGGAGGCUCUUUGGCUGUGGCAGAAAGGGGGAGGGAAGGUAUGGAAGGCGUCUUGA